AUGUCCGCCAGCCUGGGUGCGACGUCGCUGGCUGACGUGCAUCACGAAGGGCUGGACCAGCUACUGAAUGAUCUCGUCAAUGUAUACCCCGCUAGUCCUGGCCAGCAGUUGCCGUUGUUGGGAGUUCCUGUCAUCGAUGCCUUGCUAGAAGUCUUCAUGCAGCGCUUACCGGGCACGUCCAAUGAGACAGAACGGCAGUUAUAUGAUACUGUACCGCCCGAGCAGAUCAUCACGGAAGAUGACGAGAUCCUCUUGCAUUGCGGUGGCCAAGACGAAACGACCGCUGCUUCUGGGGAACCAUCUGUCCAAGAACACCCCGAGCGAUUCAACUUCCUCUCUUCGAGUUCUGCCCCUAGACGCAAGCGACCAAGUCCAGUCCUGGAGAUUUCCAGCAGUCUUUCAGGUGCUGGUAAAACACAGCUGUUAUAUUAUAUGACUGCGCGUGCCAUCUUGCCGAGGACUUUUGCAGGCCUUUCCAUCGGAGGACUCGAGGCAGCUGUGGUCUGGAUGGACGCUGAUGAUCGAUUCGAUGUCUACAGACUACGGGAUGUGGCUCGAGGAGCCGUGCGACAAGCACGAGAAUCAGCUGAUGAUGAAAUACUCGACGAAACCUCCGCACGCUAUUCAGAGGCUGAGCUGACAGAAAUGUUAACUUCCGCCCUUGAGCACGUCCAUGUCUUUCGCCCACAAUCAUCCUCGGCCCUUCUUGCCACGCUGUGUACCCUAGAUAAGUAUCUUUAUGACCUGUCUCGGCAUCGCUCUGCUUCACGGCCACUGCAUAUGCUAGUCAUUGACAGCGCCACUGCAUUCCUCUGGCCAGACAAGCUCAGGGACGAAGUGGCUCGCACCGAAGAGAUUGGGCGCUCUCGAGCAGAGGUUGGCCAGAAACGGGACCAGAACCAAAAUUUCCAUCUCUCUCACCUGUACGCUGAGAUAGUCAACGAGUUGAAGCGGCUGCAAGGUCGGUUCGGAUGUGCCAUCGUUUAUACGACAACAGUCUCGAGUGGUCGUCCGUCUGCUUGGCAUACCAACGGCCCAUCUGGUCCUCCUGGACCAUAUGAUCGCCCGCCAUCUAAGACGCCAUCGCUGCCACCUGCAUUGCCAGCGCCUUGGGGUACCUUUCCGAUCUUCCGGCUAGUGGUUCAUAGGGAUACAGUCCGUCCGUUCCCACCGGCCAUGAGUGCACAUGAUGCCCGGAGAGAUGCCCCCAUGCGCCAAAGUGUGGUCCGCCAAGGCAAAUUCUCGGCCUGGGUCAAUGCCUGGGGCCGCGAGGAGUGGCCUCGUCGAGUAAUCGAUGGUGUCAGCUGGUAUAAUGGCGGAUGCUUCUCGUUCUACGUGCGAGCGACUGGAGUCGAAGUGCCUUUGCCAGACAAUUGA